UAAGAAGUAGAUGGGCACACUAUCUCUCUACAACAGGGCUAUCCGAUAUUUGGAUGGUACAUUAUACAUGCAGGAUUUCUAUUACGAAAAAUGAGAGCUUUCAUCUAUUCUGCACUUCUCACUUUGGUCCAACUUCACUUAGUCCUAGCAGCCAUUGAUAAAGUCAUCAUAGAUUUAGAUCCUCCGACCGCCGUAGACUUAGAUCCCCCAACCAUCGGUGAUCCAGUCUCAGAAAGGUCAACUGAGCCAGAGAAAUCAUCACCAGUACCGUUGGCCGAAAGUCGUCUGGAUAAUUUACCUCCAUUAUCUUGCGAGAAAGAGGAACCCCUCAGAGUAUCUCCUUCACCUCUACCUCCACUAUCUUUUUUUCCCACAUCGGCCGAUUCUGCAUCGAAAAAGACUCACAUCUCCCCUGAAAAGCCAACUUCGUCAGGGACAGUACUUCCAGCAACUGAGAAUCAUCUAGGUGAUUGUGGCUACUCUAGCAAAAAAAGAAAAAGCCUGAGAAUGGAGCAACCGGCCAGUCAGGGAGAAGCAGCUAAUUCACUUUACUAUUCUUCUUCGGAAGACGCAGCUCACGUCGGUUUGAUUCUUUCCAUAAAUCCCCAGUCGUGUGAGAAAGUGAUUCUGGCUGGCCCGUCGAGGUCGACAAUUGAAGAACAGGAACGCAAUGGUAAAUUAGGGCUUUCCAAACUCCAAGCACCCAACAUGACAAAGUGA